AUGAUAUCAGAAUCAGAGCAUCAGAGCAACGCUCCCGAGAACGCCUCCGGUAUCGCCCUCAAAGGGCCAACAGGCCCGGAAAAUGUGUACUCUGCCGACCCGAGUCGAAAGCGAACCCGGAGGGGUGCGAUCAAACGUCACGCUAGGAAGACCGGCAAGCCUACAAGCAAGUACAACUGCGACGGCUCAGCCAUCAAGGAGUGGAGACCACCGUCUCAAGAGACGGAUCGCGAGGCUCUCAGCUUUUAUGACUGGGCCAAGCCACAGGAACUUGGAAACGUUAUCCGUAGAGAUCUCGUCGAGCGAUUGAAUGUUGCAUUUCAAAGUCGAUCCGCUGGCACUGAAAUCCAUGCUUUUGGCUCUUUUACCUCUGGUAUCUACCUGCCUACCGCGGAUAUUGACCUUGUACUAUUGUCCGACAAUUUCAGAUGCACAGGAUUGGGCAAUCAAGCUCUGUUUAAAUACGACUGA